GACUUUACCCUCUAGAAAACUACGGUGUUUCCGGCUCUUCUCAGUUGCAGACGCUCGUAACUUUUCGGCAGUUUCCGGGGAGAUUCGGGGACUCCGCGCCUCGCUCGCUCUGUUCCGAUCGCCUGGCGCGGCGGGGCAGGGUCUUGGGCUAGUCAUGGCGUCCCCAUCUCGGAGGCUGCAGACCAAGCCGGUGAUCACAUGUUUCAAGAGCGUCCUUUUGAUCUACACAUUCAUCUUCUGGAUCACUGGCGUUAUCCUUCUUGCCGUUGGCAUUUGGGGGAAGGUGAGCCUAGAGAAUUAUUUCUCGCUUUUAAAUGAGAAGGCCACCAAUGUCCCCUUCGUGCUCAUCGGCACUGGCACUGUCAUUAUUCUUUUGGGCACCUUCGGCUGUUUUGCUACCUGCCGAGCUUCUGCAUGGAUGCUAAAACUGUAUGCAAUGUUUUUGACUCUCAUUUUUUUGGUCGAACUGGUCGCUGCCAUCGUAGGAUUUGUUUUCAGACAUGAGAUUAAGAACAGCUUUAAGAAUAAUUAUGAGAAAGCUUUAAAGCAGUAUAACGUUACGGGAGAUUAUAGAAGUGAUGCAGUAGACAAGAUUCAAAAUACGUUACAUUGUUGUGGUGUCACCGACUAUAGAGAUUGGAAGAAUACUAAUUAUUACUUAGAAAAAGGAUUUCCCAAGAGCUGCUGUAAACUUAAAGAUUGUUCUCCUCAGAGAGAUGCAGAUAAAGUCAACAAUGAAGGUUGUUUUAUAAAGGUGAUGACCAUUAUAGAGUCAGAAAUGGGAGUCGUCGCAGGAAUUUCCUUUGGAGUGGCUUGUUUUCAGCUGAUUGGAAUCUUUCUAGCCUACUGCCUCUCUCGCGCCAUAACAAAUAACCAGUAUGAGAUAGUGUAACCAACAUAACACGGGCCAAUUCCUCUACAAUGUUAAGGACAUUGACACCCCCCCCCCAACCCUGUAACUUACAAAAUCGCCUGGCUGGAAUCCUGAAUUCUCCUACCAAUAGUUUGAAAAGUCGCACCAGUAGCCUGAUUCGAUCAAGACAUUAGCCUCAUGUUAUAGUCCACCUUUUGUCCCAUUCAUGUUAGAUCAUUGAAAUCCCCAUACCACUCUGAAACACUGGAAGAGCUUAAUAAAUUGUAAAUGAAGCAA